GAUAUUUUCAAAUUUCCUUUUAAUAAGGGUUUGAUUUUAUAAACAUUUUGUCUAGACGGCCACCACCACCACCACCACCACCACCACCACCACCUCUUAUACGAUGCAUCCAUUGUAAUAACGAAUUUCCGCAAGAUCAAGUAGAUGAUCAUGAAGUAUGUAUUCGAAUUUUAAUUUCAUAA